GAAAAAUUAUUUUUUUCUUCAACUUUUUCUUCACUACGGUACAAUAAAUUGCUUUCAUUUGGGAGUGAAACUGCAGAGGAGUGUUUGUUGAAAGAUCCAAGAAUACCCAUUUCUUUACCUUCACUCACAGGGAAGUUAACAAGAGAUUCUUCCAAUCUGGAAAAGGAGAGUUUCUCCACCCUUUUUGUCUGAAAGACACAUGAUGAGGAACACAGAGGUGCAUGACCAAUCUUUCAAUGGAAGAAUCCCGGCUGAAAUUGCUGAAAAUUUAAAAGAAUUUUUUCCUGAACAUGGUGGUGAUCUUACGUAUGAAGAGAUUCUUCUACAUCAGGAAAGCGUUUACGAGUCACUUCAAGCAAGUGGCAAGAACAAGGGAAUAAGUUCUGAUAGUGGUCAAACCAGUGACCGAAGUCAGGUUUCGGGACAAGAUGGUGAAUCUUCGCGGGGUGGAAGUGUUGAGUCACAAUUGGCUCUAGAUGAAGCUUUGGCUAGAUCCUUGCAAGAGUUAGGGGAAGACUUCGAUGAUUUCUACAUAUCUGAACACAGUGGUACUGCAGCUGGGAGUACAGAACUUAGUCCUCGAGAAACUCUUGUCCGGACAGUGAGUCAUCAUAGGAGGGACGAUGAUGUUGAUCCAGACAAUAUGACCUAUGAGCAAUUGCAAUCGCUAGGAGAAACUGUUGGCAGUGAGAGCAGAGGACUGUCCGAAGAGCUCAUCUCCCGGCUACCAACUUUCAAGUACAAAACAGGGUUUUUCUCAAGGAAAAAGAAAAUGGAAAAUGAAGAGUGUGUGAUCUGUUGCAUGGCCUACAAAAAUGGAGUUCGAUUGACCACGUUGCCUUGUGCACACCAAUAUCAUUCAGCAUGCAUCAGACGUUGGUUGAAGCUCAAUAAAAUUUGCCCUGUUUGUCAAGGAGAGGUGCGAGGUGACUAAUUUAUUGAAGUUUGGAUGCAAGAAAAAUCCAUCCAGUGGUUCUCAAAUGGCUUAUACGUACAUACAGGUUUUUGGACUGUUUAUGCUUUAAUGGUGACGGUAAACUAGUUUUUUUUUGGUCAAUUGUCGUACGGAACACGGACUCUUCUCCCUGAAAUGUGCAGAAACCUUGGGUUUAUUUUUCUUCAUGUAAAUAGUAGUAUGUGUGACAGGAAAUUUUUUGACAUGCAAUGUGUUGCUUUUUAACAAUAUUACCAGUGCUAUGGCUCUUAGUAACACUUGGGUUCUAUCAUUUCUGGUGAA